AUGUAUGCUGAUGAUGUGAAACUUUUUGAUGUGGUGUCGCAUGGUACAGGGCGCAAUGCACUGCAGUCUUCACUCUUGAACAUUGAUAAAUGGUGUUUGGAUAAUGGCAUGGCACUGAACACUGCUAAGUGUGUGAUGAUGUCUUUCAGACGUGGGUCCAAUAUCCUUGAUAUUCAAUAUGUCCUGCAGGGUGCUCCUCUGAUAAGAGUGUUUAAAUUCAAUGACCUUGGGGUUACCAUGAGUCCCUCCCUUAGUCCUUUGGAGCAUGUGUGUGGGAUAACAGCCAAGGCUAGGUCACUGCUUGGAUUCAUUUUCAGGUCCUCUAGAGAUUUCAGAUCUCCUCAUAGUCUCCUGGUUCUGUUCAGGGCACUGGUCCUUCCUGUUAUGGAGUAUGCUUCUGUCAUAUGGUCCCCAUACCACCAAUACCAGAUUGAUAUGCUACAGAAGGUCCAGAGACGUUUUGUGAGAAUGCUUGGCUGCAGGAUGGGGUUUGCAUACUUUGAUGUGCCUGUGGAGGAAAUUGAGAGACAUUUUGGCCUUUUACCUUUGGCUUCUAGGAGGAGACUCUUCGACUUGAUGCUUCUUUACAAAUUGGUGAAUGGAGCAUUGGACUGCCCGGAAUUGUUGGCUGGCAUUGAUAUCUGUGCUCCAAGAGGGACCCGCUCCAGGACGAUCUUCAGACGACGUCUUCAUACAACAGCUUACGCAUACAAUAGUGGUUUGUCAAGGGUGCUGCGAUCUGGUUGUGAGGCUGCUGCGGCAGGAAUUGAUUUCUUUGAUGUGUCCGUGGUAGCUUUCAGGAGGGCAGCCAUGCGGUGGGGACUCUAG